UUUAAGGUGAAAGAUCUAAAAGUGACCUGAGGGGCAACUUCUUCACGCGGAGGGAGGUCUGCGUGUGGAAUGAGCAAGUGGUUGGAGGCAAAGUGAAAGAACAAGACUUAAAAGGGAUAGAGGCCAAAUGGGAGGAGAAGCAUGGACGAGAUGGGCCGAAGGGCCUGUUUCCAAGCUGGUUAUUGCUCUAGGAGCCCAGAAGCAGCGUGCACCCGCUGCAGUGGGUCAUGGUGAAGGCUCCAGCUCCAGCUCCAGUGCAACAGCUGAGAGAGGCGGGUUCGAACCCCGUCCGGAAGCGGUAGUCAGAUGAUAACCCGUCUCGAUGUUCGUCUCUGCCGGCGUCCUGUGUUCACGGAAGUGUGCUGCUCAAACAGGUACCUGGAGAAAUCUGCCUCAGUGCAGCAAUGACCCUGAGACGAGCUCUUUAUGGGCUGUUCCUCGGAGGAAUGCUGCAGAUUUUCACUGCGGAAUGCAGGACCCACGUCUCUGUUGUCUUAGUCGGGUCAACAGGAGACCUGGCUAAAAAGUACCUCUGGCAAGGUUUAUUUCAGAUGUACACGGAGCAGGUCGACAGUGGCCUGCACAGCUUCAGUUUUUAUGGUGGCACUCGACUCCCUUCUGCGGAGGGCUCGCCAGUAAUGUACGAGAUACUCAAAGGCCUGUCUUGCUUGCCAAAUGUGCCUUCUGUCAAGUGUGUCAUGCUGAAGGACCAGUUUAUAAAGUUGUCUCAGUAUCGUCAAUUGGACACCAUGGAAGACUAUUCCAAUCUCAACAAGAAGAUUGAGGAGUUGCUCACUCAAGAAGGCCUUGAGGAAGAAGGCCGCCUGUUUUAUCUCAGCGUCCCUGCCUUUGCCUACGUUGGCAUAGCAACUAAAGUCAAUGCCACCUGCCGACCGAAGAAAGGUUCCUGGCUGCGUGUCGUUCUAGAAAAGCCCUUCGGACACGACCUCGAUUCAGCCCAGCGGUUAGCUGAGGAGCUGCAGAAGUUCCUGCGUGAGGAGGAGAUGUAUAGAAUUGACCACUAUCUCGGCAAGCAGGCGAUCGCCUACAUCUUACCGUUCCGUCACGAGAACCACCAUUCCUUGGAUCCCAUCUGGAACCAGCAUCACAUUGAAAGAGUGGAGAUAGUUAUGAAAGAGACGGUGGACGCCAAAGGUCGCACGAGCUUUUACGAGCAGUACGGAGUCAUUUGUGAUGUUAUUCAGAACCACCUGACGGAAAUUCUGACUUUCGUCGCUAUGGAGACCCCGGCAAACAUCAGCGACUCUGAAGAGAUUCACAGAAACAAAAUGAAGGUGUAUGGCAGCUUGGAGAAACUCAGUAAGAGGAGCGCUGUCAUUGGCCAGUAUCAAGCUUACAAUGGUGAGGUCGUGCAGGAGUUGCAGAAGCCAAUUGUUUAUAGAAGCAACGUUCCAACAUUUGCUGGUAGGUUAAUCUUUCUGUGUUUCAGGUGUCGGGAUUUCCUGGACAGCCCUCAGUGGGAUGGUAUGCCUUUUAUACUGUCCGCUGGCAAAGCUCUGGAUGAACGGGUUGGCUACACUCGAAUUUUGUUCAAAAAUAAAGCUUUCUGCCUCCAAGUGAAUCAACGAGAAAGCUGAAUUCAGUGUGCAAGCCCGAAACAGAUCAUCUUUUAUGUGGGUCACGGAGAUUUGAAUGUUCCAGCUAUUUUGGUCAGUAGAAACCUGUUCAAACCAGUGAUAGAUUCAGCAAACUGGAAGCAAGUGACUGACUUACCAGAUCUUCACAUCUUUGGCCUUCCUUUGUCAGACUAUUAUGUUUACACCCCAGUGAUGCAAAAGGACGCGUACGCAGUGCUCAUCCCACGGAUUCCAGGGAAGCGCGACAUGUUUGUCAAUACCGAGGAUCUGCUGGCAUCCUGGAAGUUCUGGACGCCUCUCCUGAAGGACAUGUCGGGGGAGAGCCCACGCAUUUACCCCGGUGGUUUGCAGAAUGGCGACUUACUGGACUUCACAUUGGCAGGGGCAGUGGCGUCCUUCAGCGCGCCAGACCCCGCGAUAAUCAUCUCCUCGAGCCUCGGCCACCAAAGUGCAAGUGGCUACAAGGUCCUCGAGUCCAGCUACCGAGGGAACAAAUUGGUGUCGGCGAGCACCGAGGAACUCGUUGCCAAACUGGCUUCGCAUCUGCAUGAGGCAGCUGAGACAACUGUGCGUCGGAGCGGGAAGUUCCACCUCGCACUGUCGGGUGGUUCAAGCCCAGUCAGCUUGUUCCAGAGGUUGGCCGCCCACCACUACACGUUCCCCUGGAAGCAGACCCACUUCUGGAUGGUGGACGAGCGCUGCGUCCCUCUUCACGAUGCCAAGUCCAACUUCCGAAGCUUGCACGACCACCUCUUAGCCCAUUUCAAAAUCCCGUACCUCAACAUUCACCCAAUGCCCGUCCACAUGAAUCGCAGGCUGUGCGUCGAAGAGGACCACGGGGCAGACCUCUACGCCAAUGAGAUCAAGACGUUGGUCAAUGGUUCGAGCUUUGAUUUUGUUUUGCUGGGGGCCGGCUCUGAUGGCCACACCGCCUCCUUGUUUCCCAACAGCCAGGCGCUAGCUCAAGGAAGCAAACUGGUUCUGCUGUCAGAAAGCCCAGUGAAGCCUCAUCAAAGGAUGACCCUUUCCCUGAGCGCUAUAAACCGAUCUAAAAAUGUCGCCAUCUUGAUAACUGGGAAGAGUAAGCACUCGAUUGUUAGUAAAAUGAAUAAGGCUGAGGAGAGCCCUCAGAAAUGGCCCAUUACAAGUGUCCGGCUCUCGAAUGGUGAGCUGGUGUGGUACAUUGACUCUGAUGCUCUCUUUGGUUGACCCGGGUUCUAGGAUGAUAUCCUUACUGUCUGUUAAACUUAACUGCAAUGCUGUGAAUGAUCUGAAAUUGUCCCUGAUUCAUGAAGUGGUGGUGUUCUGGGAGGGUCUGAGGUUUCAUUCUGAGUGACAAUAUUAUGUUAAGAGUAACUUAAGUACAGCAGGGAAGAUUUGCAUCCUCCUCUCUUCACUGCUCGGACAUGUGCCCUGUUGGAAUGGAUCGAUCGCCCAUGAAGACACCACCCUGGUUCCGUGCACUUUGACCUCAAUGGACAAAAUUCAGAUGCUCUCCGUCGUAAUCUGGGCAUCCACUCCAUUCGUCCAGCCAAAAGCAAAAAUCUCUCUGGGUGUUAUGUCAUGAUGAAUCUAUCGUCUUUCCAAUAUUUUCUUAGAUGUUCCAAUGGUGCCUCAAGGAUUGAAACUUUGUGCGGCCUUAUCGCACAAGCAGAAUGGUUCAGGUGUUGGAAACACUCAUCAGGUCAGGCAGUGUCUGUGGAGAGAGAAACAGUGUCAACGUUUCAGCUUGAUGACCUUUAAUCUCCACUGAUGCCACCCGAUACCCUUUAUGUACCUAAAAAAAAACUUUUAUAUUAUCAGCUAGUUUACCCUUAUAUUUCAUCGUUCAUCUUCAGCUUUUUUAGUUGUCCUCUGUUGGUCUUUAACGCUUCCCAGUCCUCUGGCUUCCCACUAAUCUUCACCCUGUUGUAUGCCUUCUCUUUGCUAUUCUGCUGUCCCUGACUUGCCUUGUCAGGGGAGACUGUGUGCUUCUUCUUCCAUGGGAUAAAGUUCUGCCGCGUCUCCCGAAUUACUCCCAGAAACUCCUGCCGUUGCUGCUCCACUGUCCUCCCUGCUAGGGUCCCCUUCCAGUCCACUCUGGCCAGCUCCUCCCUCAUGCCUUUUACUCAACUGUAGUAGUGUUACAUCUGAUUUCAGCUUCUGCCUCUUGAACUCUACCAUAUAUGGUCACUGCCUCCUAAGGGUUCCUUCACCUUAAGCUCCCUUAUCAAGUCUGCCUCAUUACGCAACGCCAAAUUCGGGGCAAUACACAAAAGUGCUGGAGGAACUCAGCACAAACCCACUGCCUCCCACAGUUACCUUGACUACACCUGUCACUUGUAGGAACGCCAUGCCCUUCUCCCAGAUCCUCUGCCUCCGCUGCAUCUGUUUCCAUGAUGAGGCUUUCCAUUCUAGGACAUCAGAGAUGUCCUCCUUUUUCAGUAACCAGGAUUCCCUUCCACCACCAUCAAUGCUGCCCUCACCCGCAUCUCCUCCACUUCCCCCCUCCCCCCCCGCCAACAUAACAGGGACAGGGCUCCCCUUGUCCUCAGCGACCACCCCAUGAGCCUCCGUAUCCGACAUAUCAUUCUCCGCAACUUCUGCCGUCUCUAAUGGGAUCCUACCACCAGGCACAUCUUACCCUCACCCGUCUCUCUGCUUUCCGAAGGGACCACUCUCUCCGCGACUCCCUUGUCCACUCGUCCCUCUGCACCGAUAACCACCUGGAACUUAUGCCUGCAACCGCACCAAGUGCUACACCUGUCCCCACACCUCCUCCCUCACCACCAUUCAGGGCCCCAGACAAUCCUUCCAGGUGAGGCAGCGCUUCACCUGUGAGUCCGAGGGUGCAAAUCCAGCUCAGCACACCAAAUUCGGGUAGUACAUGGUUCAAACUUGUGGUAUCCAUCCAGCUCCAUAAUUCUUUUCACGGAUCGAUUGGUUCCAAACAUUGAACAAGAUGUGGGCUAGGUACUUCUCGGGAUCACCCUUGUACAUUCUUGCUCUCGUGUCCUUAUUGAAAACAAUCCAGAGAAAACGUAGACACAGAAUCCUGAUACAGGGUCUUGACCCAAAACGUGACAAUUCCUCUCCCCCACAAUUGCUGCCGACCCACUGAGUUCCUCCAGCAGAUUGUUUCUUGCUCCAUAUUCCAGCAUCUGCGGUCUCUGGUGUCUCCUAAAUGGAGUCACAGCUGCAUCAAUGGGGGAAGGUGUGGAUAAAUGCAAUUUGGAAGGUGCAGAUGCUGUUGUCUAAUAUUUGACUGAGGGUCUCCAAAAGGCUCAGCCAAAGCAAGAGCUUAAUCUACAUGGAUUGAGUAACUUAAGGAGACACAAGAGAUUCUGCAGAUGUUGGAAUCUGGAGCAACAGACACAAAAAGUGCUGGAGGAACUCAGCAGGUCAGGCAGCAUCCGAGGAGGGAAA